CCAACCCUAGCAAAAGCCUUCCUUCAUCUCGCACUGAUCUUGGCGAAAUCGAACCUCUCUACUUCAGGUGAGAAUCUAAACAUUCAUACGCAAUAAUCAUCUUCCUUACAUACAUACAUACAUACAUUUCCCCUUAUCAAUUCAUUUUUUUGUUUUUGUUUUAUAAAAGCAAGAUCAAGAGCACAGAACAAUGUACCUUAAGCACUUACUAUCGAGAUUAACAAUCAGACAUGUAUCGAAGCUUAAUCGUGUUAGAACGACAUCGUAUUACCGAAAAAUUUGCACCAGUAGUCACAUUUACACUCGUGAUUCGUUUACAAACCCUAGAAACCGGAAUAGAUUUAUUCACUCUAGUCAGGGAACUGUGUCUAAUGAUGGUGCAAAAGGUGUGGAGUUUGUUUCUGUAGAGUCAGAGGAGGAGGAGGAUGAGGCUGUUAUGAAUGACUUUUUAUCGCGGUUCGUGUGGAUAAUGAGGGGGAAGCUUAGUGCGGUGUAUAGAGAGGCGGAUAAGAAAGAGAUUGAUGCUAUGCUGCAGAUAAUCGUCGGAAAGGUUGUGGCGGAAAUGGAAGGGGAUCGUCUUGAGAGUUUUAUUGACAUGUCGGUUCAAGAGGAUUUUAGCGAGGAUUUGUGGACAACGGUGAGGGAGGUUAGCGGUGUGGUGUUGGAAGAUAUGAAGAAGGCGAAGAAGAAGGAGAAAAUGAAGAGCUUUUUACAGUCGGAAGAGGUUAAAGAGAUGACGAGGUUCGCGGGUGAGAUCGGGAUUCGAGGGGAUAUGUUGAGGGAGCUUAGGUUUAAGUGGGCUCGUGAGAAGUUGGAGGAUAGUGAGUUUUAUGAGUCAUUGGAGCGUAUGAGAAAAGACGCGAAGGAACCAGAACCAGAACCGGAAGUGGAAUAUCAAAGUCAUGAGCGUUCUGAUCACGCUGGAGGCGAAGGUGAUGAUCAAGUAGUUUCGUUACCGAGAAGGAGUGGAAAGAUAAAGUAUAACAUUUAUGGUCUUGAUCUUUCGAAACCGAAGUGGGCUGAAGUGGCUGAACAAAUCCAUGAAGCUGGAGGAUCUAUCUGGCCUCAAGAACCAAAACCGAUUUCUGGGAAAUGCAAAAAUGUUACGGAGAAAAUAGUUUCGUUGCAAGUGGAUGAUGACCCUUCUGCUUUAUUAGCAGAAUGGAUCGAGCUACUUCAACCUAGCAGAGUUGACUGGCUUGCACUGCUUGAUCGAUUGAAAGAACAGAAUCAUCAAAUGUAUUUGAAGGUUGCAGAACUUGUACUCGAUGAAGAGUCAUUUGAAACUAACGUAAGGGAUUAUUCGCAACUAGUUGAUGCGCAUGCCAAGCAUAAUCAAUUAGACGAUGUGGAAAGAAUACUUAAGAAGAUGAAUGAAAAGGGAAUAAUGCCCGACAUCCCGAUGAAAACCACAAUGGUUCAUAUGUAUAGCAAGGCAGGCAAUUUAAAUCUCGCAAAAGAGGCUUUCGAAAGCUUGAGACGCCAAGGGUUCCAACCCGACAUUAAAGUUUACAGCUCGAUGAUCAUGGCGUAUGUUAAUGUCGAUGAUCCAAAGUCAGCGGAUUUUUUACUGAGAGAAUUAUCGGACACGAAGAAGUUCAAACCGUCUGAAGAUCUGUUUUUAGCGGUAAUUAGGUCGUAUGCUCUGAAUGGCGACGCAACUGGAGCUUCCCGGAUUUUGAAGAGUAUGGAGUUUGCGGGUUAUCAAGCGGGUCUUGAGGCAAACACGUAUCUUGUCGAGGCGUACAGUCGAACGGGCCAUCAUACGGAUGACGCAAGGAAGCAUUUUGAUGAGAUAAUGAAACUUGGAACCAAACCCGAUGACAAGAUUAUUGCUAGAAUGAUUGCAGCUUAUGCUGUUAAGAAUUCGCUCGAUAAAGCGUUGCAACUUCUACUUCAGCUUGAAAAAGAUGGAAUUGAGUACGGUCUUGCCACUUGCGCUGUGCUUAUUGACUGGCUCGGGAAAUUGCAGCUGAUUGAUGAAGCGGAAGAUUUAUUGGCAAAGUUCACUGAAAAAGGCGUUUCGCCUUCACUUGAUGUUCAUAUAAGUCUUUGUGAUAUGUAUGCUCGGGCUCGGGAAGAAAAGAAGACCCUUCAGGCUCUAGGGGUUGUCGAGGCUAAUAAGGACAAGUUGACGCAGGGAGAUUUUGAGCGAGUUAUAAACGCGCUUAUACAUGGUGGAUUUAAUCAGGAUGGGGAGAGAAUGCAUGCCUUGAUGACCUCUCGGGGAUUUACGGCAUCCGAGGGGCUGAAUGUGACCUUAAAAGCUUCUCAAACAUUCAGCCGACGCAGGUCACAUACGAAAUAACUUUUUUUUUUAUAAAAAAAUUAUGCAGUUGAUUGUCAUACUUGCAUGAGGAAUUUUGUUGUUAUUUGUUAGAACUAAGCUUAGGUUCAUAUGUGCACCUCAUUUUGCUACAUCUGUGCUCAUUGUUCUCAGGCGAAGACUAUGUAUCCUUGUGUUUUUAGAUAAAGUUAAUAAUGACAAUUAGUGUUUAAAGCG